AUGCCAACAACAAUAUCGCCCAGAGCAACGUCCAUUGGUUUCGGUCGUCGGUUCGGAGGACUUAUCAAUAAAUCUGAGGCCCCUUCUCCUCAUAAGUACAAUGUGACUUCAAUCGAUUUUCACGAUAAAACAAAAGGGUAUUAAUUUGGAAUGUCCAGAGAUAGAUUUGCUAAAGUUUACUUGAAGGAACACCCGCCACACGAUUUAACCAUUCCAGGGCCUGGUGCUUAUCACGCUAAACUGAGCUUCGUUGAAAAAAAUAAUGGAAUAUUUACUCUAAGACCUAAGACUAAUUUCUAAUCUAUUUUUAACGAUCAUAGAAAGGAUAAUCCAGGCCCAGGUACAUAUGAUAGCAAUAGAGCUACUGAGAGCGUUAAUGGACACACUGUUGAGUCUAGAUAUAGAUCACCUGGAGGUACUGUCAUAUCUAAAAAUGGGCCAAGAUUUGAUUCCUCUCCUUUGAAAAGAGCAAUGCAAGAGCCAGGCCCAGGCUAAUAUAGGCAUGUUGAGGCAGUGUCUAAUACAGGAAACUAUUUCAUUAAGAAGUUCAAGAACAGUGGAGCUCCUGUCUUCUCUAAAUCACGUAGACUUGUGGAGUUAGAUGUCAGUCAGACCAGAAAGAUCACUCCAGGACCAGGAUCGUAUCGUAUUCAAAGUGAAUUUGGAUUUUAUGAUGCGAGUUAGACCACAGAUGUGUAGUUUUUCAACCAGAGUCAGAGAAUAAGUCUGCAUCACAGAGGGGAGAGUAGUAUUGGCAUGAGGAAUUCAAUGCAAAAUAGUCUAUUUAUUGAUAAAGCUGAGCAAGAUACUAAUGAAUGA